CGUAACCGACACUAACAUGUUGAUCGCGCAUCCUUCUAGUGGAGCGAUGCUAACGUGUUUACAACAGUUCAAGGACUCUUAUCGUGCGGGUAGUACAUUAGAAACUGUUUGAGUCCAGCAUUUGAAGCAGUGUGUUUCACAGAUCAGUACAUACUCGUUUUAUUCAGUUUAUACCAAAUAUUUUAAAAUGCUGAUGUUGCUUUCGUGGAGUAUAACAUUUGCAUUACUUGUUUGCGCUGAAGGAUACACUCCCAAGGAAUAUGUCAUCAAAGUUGCUGAUAAGAUGACCACACUAAUUGACACGUUUUUCGCAUGGGACUAUGGCGGAGCAGUAAUAUUUGACGGUCUUUACAGAUGUGACAAGACAUUUGGGACCAACUACCAACCGCUUCUAAAUACAUUUCUAAACAAAUCUAUAACAGACCCAGAUUCAUUUGGCUACAAGGUGCAACACAAUAUAUCUGUACCAUUCCACCAUGCUGUAGGAGACAAAAUUGGCAUGUUUCCUAUUGCUUACCUGAACAGAGCGUCUGAACAGUCUGUUACAACAGGCCCUGACGUAGAUCUGGCCAAAGCAGUUGCAGAACUGUACGUCCUUAAGUUUCCACAUAAACUUCCGGAUGGAACAUUUGCCCGAACAAGGGGAUGGAAAGGGAAUAACCAUACCACUCCAACUUAUGUUUGGAUACCUGAUGCCUAUAUAGGCGUCACGCUUCUAGCUCGCUUGUCCCGGAUGCUCAGAAAUGAAGAAUAUGCCAAAUUCAUCGCCAAACAACGCAUCUCUUUUAACAACCAUCUCCAGGACCAAACGGAUGGUUUGUUUUUUCACGGAAUGAACACGUCACCCAUGAACAUGUCUUGCUGCAAAUGGGGUCGUGCCAAUGGGUAUGGUAUGACGGCUUCUGUAGAGGUCUUGCUGGCGUUAACGCCCUUCAAGGAGAGCCUGAAGAGCGAAUGGGACGCCAUAAUGGACAGCUUCAGAAAACACGCCAGAGGGAUGGUCAAACAUCAGUCUUCAGACGGAAGAUGGCACCAGCUCGUGGAUGAUGACACAUCGUAUCUGGAGACGUCCUGUACAGCGAUGACUAUCAGCUCUAUAGCAAGGGCGGUUAACGAAGGGUGGUUAGAGAGAAACGAAUUCGAAGAAAGCUUACAUCGAGGAUGGAAAGGUCUGGAAACAGUCUUGAAAGCUGAUGGUACUGUUAAUGGCGUGUGUCGUGGAACAGGAAUACAGGCAGCUCCCAUUGAUUACAAAAACCGAGAAACAACCUACCUAAAAACCAGGAAUGGCGGGAUAGGUUUCGUGUACCAUGCAGCUGUAGACUAUCAGAACUUCCUGGCAUCAUCUACCGUCAGCAUCGUCAACGGACAAAAUCUACUUUCUGUGCUUGUUGCGAUGACACAAGCAGUCUCUCUAUAUAUUAAUUAUCUUCUGUAACAGUCUACAUACAUAUUAAUUAUCUUCUGUAGCAGUCUACGUAUGCAUUAAUUAUCUUCUGUAACAGUCUACAUACAUAUUAGUUAUCUUCUGUAACAUUAUACACAUGUUAAUUAUCAUCUGUAGCCGUCUACAGUCUACAUAUAUAAAAAUGAUCUUCUUUAACAAUCUACAUAUAUAUAUUAAUUAUCUUUUGUAGCACUCAGUGUUUCUGUCAGCAAGAAAUGUUUGGGGAUGGCGCUAUGGAAUUGAAUGCAACCACAG